CACGCUUGAGCGUCCCCGCGAGCUAUCCGACAGCGAGUAUCAGUCAUUUAUACGAUACGCAAUGGAAUUUUACCUCUCCGAUGGCACGCUCUGGCGCAAGCAUCCAGAUGGCCGCCACAAGCUGGUUGUCCAGACCGAACGCCGGCUCGUUAUCCUCCACUCAGCACAUGACGAUGUCUGUCAUAAAGGCUUCUAUGCGACCCGCGCCCUCAUUGCCGAGCGAUUCUGGUGGCCACACAUGGCCCAUGACAUCGCUUGGUACGUCCGGACCUGCGAUCUAUGUCAGCAGAGGCAGAUUCGGAAAGUCACCAUACCGCCAACGGUUGCAGUUCCGG